UAUAAAUAUCUAUGUACGUAUAAUUGUUAUAACAUAAUUAUUAUAAUUAUUAACUUGCUUUUAUUUAUUUAAUUUAUAAUUGUUGAUUAAAUAACAAAGCAAUCCAAAAUAUAACACGAAUUUCGGAAAAAUGUCAGGAUUUUUAAUUCGUGUACGUCCUUUUGUAAGAACUGUCAGAGGAUUUAGAACCAAUUCCAUUCUACGAAAUGUUAAACCAGAACCAUCAACCUCAGGAGCAAAGCCUCAGGAAGCAUCUGACGCUAAAUAUGUAAUUAAUGAACAUCAUCUUUCAAAUUUCGAAAAAAGAAUUCUGGUUUUCGCAAGAAAGUAUCCCAGUGUAAAAGAUGUACCUGAUAAAAUUUCGGCAGAGGUGAUGCAAAAUUGUAUGAGUAAAGCCCGAAUUCGCCUAGCUAAUUAUAUGAUGGCUUUAACAGCUCUAAGUUGUUUAACAAUUGUCAUUGUGGGUAAAUUGAAAAAGAAGGACAAAAUGGAAGAAAUGAAAGCCCAACAUGAUGACUUCCGCCGACAAAUAACGGCUGAGUUUAGAGAGAGUGUGAAACACGAUGCUAACAAAUAAUUAUUGUUUAUAGAAUUUUAUUAAAUUAUAGUAAGCAGGUUAAUAACAAUAAUUUUCAAUGUGCUACAAGUUAAUAAUAUAACUAUUUUUAUUCAAUGAAAACUAUAAAAAUUGAUCAUUUCUGCUGCAAUAUCCCUUUUUUGUGAUUUUAUAUAUUUACAGUGUAUGUUUUUUUAAAAAAAAUUGAUUUUAAGUUCUUUUACAAUGUACAUAUUUCAUUAGUUAUCUAACAUCAUUAUGUGGUUAUUAUCAAUAAAAUGUUUACUGGAGUUGCAA